AUUGGUCCCCAACUUAGUCCUGCUGGGCUUCGAGGACACACAGACUCCGCCCCCGCCCCAGCUACCGGAGACCCUGCCUUUCUCACCCCAAGCACAGAGCCCGAGGACCCCUCAGAUACUCACAGCCCCCAACGACCGCCCCACAGAUAUCUCAAGGGAACCCUAUACUGACAAUCCCAGACUUCCGCGGACGUACACUCAGAUCUCCGCAGAUCCUACCCAGACACUCGCUCACUGAGAUUCCGCAACACACCCCACUUUUCAAAAGUGAACCCUCUGGGUUCGUCCCCUCGAGGCCCAAUGUAACCCCCUCAGGAGACCUCACCCACCGGGGAGGGUUGACCGCCGUUGCCACAGAGACUACCAGGCGUUCCGGUUGUCCUGGUGACCGGUGCCUACUCUCCAGGCCCUUGUUCCAGAGGCUUCAGUCAAGCUCCUCCCUCGUCAGCCCUGGACCCCUCCUCCCUCCCCACUUCCCCAGGUCAGGCCAGAGCUCCUUUGUGAAGUUCUGCAGAUAUCCAAGUCCCCUCCCUAAAUAGCAGACUUUCAGGCAAGGCAUUUCAACACUCAGCGUCUGCAGCUGGGACUCAUCCACAACCAACAGCCUUCCCUCCCUGAGGAUCAACACCUCCCCCUGCCAUCCUAAGGCAAGGCCUUAACCUAAGGACUUGUAACAACCUAGCCAAAGCCCAGAGAUGGAAGCAGACGAGGUCACAGAAGAGCCUCAUACCACCGUGGAUGCAGAGGAGCACCCCUCUUCAAAAGACCUGUCUGCUGAGGACUUACAGGAGAACCAUAUCUCUGAAAGCUUCUUGGAGCCUUCCACCUCUGAGACCCCCUUAGAGCCCCAUAUCUCUGAAUCCCCUUUGGUGCCAACCCCUUCCCAGACCCCUUUAGUGGCCCAUUCCUCUGAAACCCAUCAGGAGCAUUCCACCUCAGAGACCCCUUCAGAGAUCCCUACCUAUGAGGCUGCAUUAGAUAGUCCCAUCUCAGUGGUGCCAAAGAAACACCUAACUCUUCCUCCCCAAUCAGUAGACUACAUCUCUCUGCUUUCCUCUGAUACUUUGAAGGAAGACCUCUCCUCUGAGUCUUCUUCCAAUGAGGUCCCAUGGACAAGGAGGUCUACCCAUCUCUCUGAAACCGAGAGCCUUCCAGAGCACUCCCUUUCAGGCCCUUCAGCCCAGGUCCAAAUGGACACACCUGAAAAGCAGAAGGAAGAAGCAGGAGAGACUGAAAAGGGGGUAGAUGCCAGUGACAGCACUGCUCACACAGCCCACCCUGGACACCAGCUGGGCAAGAAGAAGAAGAAAGGAGUUAGCCGUUACACAGCCCGCCCAGUGGUCCCUGCUAAGCAGGCAGAGCUGGUGGAAGUGGCUAAGGCAAUGCACAAAGAGAAGUUUGGUGCUCAAGUGAACAAUCUUUUCCAGUGGGAGAAGGAUGCAGCCCUGAAUGCCAUCCAGACAGGUCUCUACAUUGGCUGGCGCUGCCCCCAUUACCUAUGGGACUGUUUCCGGAUUGGGAGUGAGUCCAGAUGCUUCUGUGGACACUUGUUGAGAGAGCACCAGAUCAUCUCAGACAUAUCGGUGCCCUGCAAGGUGAGCCAGUGCCGCUGCCUCAUGUUCUGCUUUAUCCCAUCACGCCCAGAGGAGGUGGGUGAGUUCUGGCUCAAGAGACGGGCCACCUUUGACCCCAAGGCCUGGAGGGCCCAAUGUCGCUGCAAACAUAGCCACGAAGAACAUGCAGCCAGUGGGCCCCAUCCCUGCAGGCAUCAUGGCUGUUGCUGCAGCUGUUUUGAGUCUAAUUUCCUCUGUGCGGCCUGUGACCGGUGCUGGGAGGACCAUGAGACUUUCUUUGAGACUCAGAAGACCCGGCAACGAGGAGGGAGGCCUUACGGUGAGGCAAAAACCUGGGACGGGAGCCAUUCCAGGGUCUGUAGUCAGAAGGCCUGGCAGGAAGGCUCCCAUCCUCAACCAUCCCCUCUAGGACUAGCGCAUUCCCUUAGCCCUCAGCGCAUUCCCUCCCCACCACCCACCCACCCACAUCCCACAUCUGUACUGGUUUUCACCCCCAGGAGCAGACUAUAUACCUUUUGCAGAGAUGCCUGUCCUCCGAGAAGCCAUCCUCAGCAACUCUGACUUUGAGGCCCUGCAGAUACAGGGGCCCUCUGGCCUUCCCAGCUCCCGCCCUAGUCCCCUGGGACUCCCUGGCCCACACACCUUUCAGCCUAGCCCCCCAUCUGAGCCCCAUACCUGAUCCUUUCACCUCUGCUCUUCCCUCCUCCAGGGACAGACACUGUCAGCAACUGGCACAGGCCUUUGUGAGUCUGGCCCAGAUCAGCAAUAAAAGAGGAGUCACUGGAACCUGACUUGGCUCUAUAUAGGGCAGACAGGUCCCAGCCCAGGGAGAGACUGCCUAAUAACUUAGAGUGAACACUUCUUAGGCACAGUAGAGAGCCUGGAUCCUGCCAUCUGCCUCCAUCACACCCACAUUCAAGCUGCCUGCUCUGAUAUCAGAAGGAAAGUGGCUUCAAGGGAGCCAAAAAGGAAGAAAGUCUCAAGAAGGAUAGAGUAGGAAGUGAUGUUAGAUACAGUUGGGGCACCAAUAGAUAAAGACUGAAAAGCAUCCAAUGGGUUUUGUAAUUAGAAGAUCUUUGGGAACUUCAGACAGUGCAGUUUCACACUGGCACAGUGAAGGCAGGAGUCAAAUAGCAGUGAAUUUCAAGGAGUCUCUUAAAGAAGCUUGGGUGAAAAGUGCAAAAGAAAAGUCAGACAAUAUCCAGAGGGAGUUGUGGAGUCAAGGAAGUACUUUUGUGGGAAGGAAAAGGGAAAGAGGCCAGUGGACAAAGGGACCUUAAAGAACCCAGAAGAGAGAGGAGAGAUGCCUGGUGAGACAAGAUCCCAGAGAUGGAGGAAAGGGACGAGGUCAAGACAGAGGUGAAGGGAUUUGCUCUGAACAGGAGAAACACCACUUCCUAUCACCAAGAGGAAGAAAGAGGAUGGAGCCUUCAAGGAGUUUCAGGAAACAGGAACCUGUAGAAGUUCCCCGUAGAUGGCUUCUAUAUGCCCUGUGAAGUAGGAGAUAAGACCAGCCAUUUGUCCAGGGGGAGAGGGAUAAGCGUGAGUAGGAAGCAGGAGACAAGAAAAGGGAAGGUUUGGGAAGGCUAAUGUAGGGAACUGGAGAAAAACCUGAUCAGUGGGUAGUUUAGGAUUCAGGCACAGUUGGAAGUGAGAACCUAGUUAGAGGAGCAGAGAAACCAAAUAUUUAAUGGGUUGGUGAUGGGAGAAAAAUGAAGCAAAAGAAGACAUAAGGAUGUGAAAGGAGCAUACGGUACCAAUAGGGAAAGAAAGUGAUGCCAGGAAGCAAAUGACAGAUUGGAAAACGGAGCAAUCAAAGGAAGAGAAGUCUGUAAUAAGGCCCAGUAGGAGACAUUGUUCAGAGGCUGCAGAGCAUAACAUCUUUCAGAUGAGGGCAACUGUAGGUGAUGACGAGUGCUUGGAGUAGAGAAGACUGUGGGCCAGGGAUCAAAAUCAGUGAAUGUGGGAAGUGACUAGGAAGUCCAUAGAUUCUUCUGGGAGUAGGAGAUUCGAACACUAAUGGGCUCUGUGACCCCAGGCAGGUCACUGUCCCUCUUUAGGCUGAGUUUCUGGAUCUGUAAAACAGGAAUAACCUCUGUGUUGCCUGCUUUCUAUGAGAACCAAAGAAAUAACUAAUUUAAAAGUGCUUUGUAU